CAUCAUCAAUUUCAUCAUCAUCAUCAAAUCCCAAAACGAAAGCGAGAAGAAAUAUUUUUUUAAUUCCGUUCCUUCCAAACGAAGUAAUUAAGCAACCAAUGGAGACGGGUGCAGCAGCAGGAAAGGUACACUUAAUUGCAGCAUGCGCAGUCGCCCUCGCCCUCCUCUUGUUGCUGGCCGGGACGUCGAUGGCCGACGACAUGGGCGACUUCGACGUGGUGAAGAACGCCACCUGCAGCGACGACAGCGCCGACGACUUGGGAUUCUGGAUGGGCAUGACGGGUCUCCUGGGAAAGCUUGUCGGGGAAACCCCGAAACACAAGGACAAGGACGGCGGUUUUAGCUACACGGGGAAUACCGAGUUCGGGCCCAAAGGAGAAGCGACGGCCACGUGCGUGAAAGGGAAGGAUGACGUCAAAUGUGGGGCGUGUGUCGGUGUCGCUGUCGGCCGAGUCACCAAGGAAUGUUCGGGUAAGGCUUCUGGCAGCGUCGAGCUGAAGAUUUGCCAGGUCAGCUUCAACAAGAAGUGAUAUAUAUACAGUGUACACUUACUUACAUGUAUGCAUGGCCAACUCCUCCGUUUGGUUCUCCUCGUAUCUACGUUUUGAUCAAUUUUCAUUAUGUUCCCCAUGUAGUUCUACUUUUGAUUUAUAUGAUGAUUUAUAUUGAAGACAGUAAAUUUUCGUUGAUAUCCAUGAAUUGUUGGAUUAAAUGAAUUGUUGGAUUCGCG